AGAUAAAUUUCCCCGGUGGUGAAGAAUAUCCGGCAGCCAGUCCUAAAAUUUUGGUAGGUGGAGGAAGGGAGGAGCUCAAAGAGAAUCACUUCUCUGUACCCGACACAGGAGAGGACAAGGAAGAGAGUAAAGUAAGCCAAACGGUCUCCGUGGUCUCUGCGAUGGACGGAGCUCCAAUUGACGAUGGAUUCCCGGCGGAGAGGCUAUUCAACCAGGGAUACUCGUACACGUACGAUGAUGUUAUCUUCCUCCCUCACUACAUCGACUUCCCUACAGAUUCGGUCCAGCUCUCCACCAAACUCACCCGCAACCUCAACCUCACAAUCCCCUGCGUCGCCUCCCCCAUGGACACCGUCACUGAGUCCUCUAUGGCCGUUGCCAUGGCUGCCCUCGGUGGCAUUGGCAUCGUUCAUUCUAACAACUCCCCAUCCGAUCAAGCCGCCAUCAUCCGCUCUGCCAAGUCUCAUCGUAUCCCCUUUGUCUCCGAUUUAAUAUUCAAAUCUCCUUCCGACUCUAUUGAUUCCGUUGGGGAAUUCGGUUCUUCACCCACGUGCAUUCUGGUUACUGAGUCAGGCACCGGGAAAUCGAAGCUGCUAGGUGUGGUCACGAAAUCUGAUUGGGAAGCGUUGAAUGACAAACAAGCUAGGGUUUCUGACUACAUGGUCAAAUCAACCAUCUCAGCUCCAUCCGACUAUGAUUUAGAGCAAGUUGCUGUGUUUUUAGCAGCAAAAAAUCUGGAAUUUGUACCUUUGGUGAAGGAGAGAGACGGACAAGUGGUGGACGUCGUGAGUGCAGCUGACGUAGACAAAAUUUGGGGGUUUCCAAAGUUGGGGAUGCCGUCGAUGGGGUCAGAUGGCAAGUUCAUGGUGGGAGCUGCAAUUGGAACGAGGGAAUCAGACAAGGAGAGGUUGGAGCAAUUGGUGAAGGCCGGGGCCAAUGUCGUCGUAUUGGAUAGUUCUCAGGGAAAUUCAAGCUAUCAAAUUGACAUGAUUAAGUACGUCAAGAAGAUGUAUCCAGAGUUGGAUGUGAUCGGGGGGAACGUUGUGACAAUGAAUCAAGCACACAACUUGAUUCAGGCUGGAGUUGAUGGGUUGAGAGUUGGUAUGGGGUCCGGCUCCAUUUGCACCACACAGGAGGUCUGUGCUGUCGGCCGAGGACAGGCAACUGCAGUGUAUAAGGUUUCAUCUAUCGCUGAAAGAAGUGGUGUGCCUGUCAUUGCUGAUGGUGGCAUUUCAAACUCCGGACAUAUUGUUAAGGCUUUGGUCCUCGGUGCUUCAACUGUGAUGAUGGGAAGCUUCUUAGCUGGAAGUAAUGAAGCUCCUGGUGCUUAUGAGUAUCAGGGUGGCCACCGCAUCAAAAAAUAUCGAGGCAUGGGUUCUCUGGAAGCAAUGCUGAAAGGGAGCGAUGCCCGAUACUUGGGUGAUACAGCUAAGUUAAAGAUUGCUCAAGGAGUUGUUGGAGCUGUUGCAGACAAAGGCUCUGUCUUGAAGUUUCUGCCAUACAACAUGCAAGCAGUUAAGCAGGGUUUCCAAGAUCUCGGUGCUUCUUCCUUGCAAUCUGCUCAUGAACUAUUACGAUCAUCAGUACUUAGGCUCGAGGUUCGUAGUGGUGCAGCACAAGUUGAAGGUGGAGUUCAUGGGCUGGUUUCUUAUGAAAAGAAAUCAUUUUGACAUUUGGAGCCCUUAUGUGUGGAAUUCGAAACUUUAAAAGCCAUAUCAAAUUCAUGGUUAGGCAUGGGCAGCUUUCGUGUUGUACUGGAGAGGAACUGGUAGUUUUUGUAGUCAGCCUUGACACGCAAGGCACUUGCACUCGCAUGAUUUUCCCUUUUCGGUGUUCCAUAAUGUGACCAGCUGUACCCUUUGUUACCUUUUCAUUUUUUUUUGUAAAUUUAUUGCUUGAAUGUUAUUAAGCAGGGUUAAUAGGAGGUUGAAUGUUUGAUGCUAAAUUUGAACGUGUAUGUCAAUGUUGCCACAUUUAGUAGGAGGUUGAACCUCCUACUGAGGAAUGGAGAAGGAAAUACCACAAGGCCCCAUUGUUUGAUUGGAUAUGAACAUCAAAUUGUAUGUAUAUUUAAGGAGGCCAUAUAUCUGGUGUUUGGUUGA